UUCAUGUUUCAUUCGAGCUUUUUAAUGUUUCAAUGAAUGCACAGUGAUUUCGUUUGCUGAGAGACUGAUUUUGAUUGAUACUUGCAUAGCAUUUUGCUGCCCCACCCCCUCCGGCCCCUUUGAUCUAUACAACAGCCAAGAACAAGAAUGCAGCUGCAACUGACCAUACAAUUAAGUGCAUGUUUGUCAAACACUGCCACCUAUCAAUAGUUGUUCUUUCAGGAGACUGAUUUUAGUAAAGGACAGUGAUCUCUGCUGCCAUCUUAAAUGGAUCUGGGCAUUGAUGUGGCAUGACUCUAGACCAGAUCAUUGCCAGACCAGACCCACUUAAGAGCCAGCAGCCACUAAUGUGGGUGGUAGUUUCCUGGAAAUCUAGCUAAGGGCCCCCUCCACUGGGUAGUUUAGCACAUCACCUAUGUGGCUUGACUGAACCAAUGGCUGAUAUUCACCGUGGUACAGUAUGUCAGACAAUUCCACAAUGCAUACAGAGAGCCUGUGUGCAGUGCAUGCAAAGACCUGCUUGCCGUUAUGUAUUUUUUCUCUGGUAUGUUGAUGACAUCAGAGCUGCAGAAUGCAAGAACAAGGAGCUCUACCAUGUACAGUGAUGCCAAACUUUCUCCUCUCAUCCACUGCCACAACUUGCUUGCGCUCCUUGCCUGCUUGAUUUCAGCUUGUUGGCUAGCUGUUGCAAAUGGCCAUUAGGAGCUUGCAUGACAGUGGAAGUCGUUAACAUUCGUACACAGCUUCUCAUGCAAGGCUCUGGGCAGGUUGUGCACCUGACUACUCGAUCUGAUUAUAACCCAACAUCAAUUGAUACAUUCAUGGUCUGCAGUCUUUCUGACACCUUUGUUUUUGCAUGCUGCAGCAUUUAACAACAAAUGCACCCUGUCCAAAAUAUCAUAAUAAGUUAAAGGGGAAAUCAAUGGGUUUUCAGAGGAGUAUUAAUGAAGUACUCAGCUCUAAGUCAGUGGAGAAGUAUUGAAAGCAUCCAUGAUUGCGUUCUGAAAGCUUUAAUAGUAUUUUUAAAUUUGCAUUUUAAUGAACACAUUUUAGGAGUCUGUAUUUUUGAAUAUGUUCUGUUGACUCUAGGAUCCCCCUGUAUACAAGAUGCCACAUCCAAAUACCUGGUCAGGUUGCAGGUCCAAAGUGUCGACAAGCCCCUGUACCGUGGAACGUUCCACUGCUUCCAGUCCAUUGUGCGUCAAGAGAGUGUUUUUGGCCUGUACAAAGGGAUCGGCUCGCCAAUGAUGGGGCUGGCCUUCAUCAACGCCAUUGUGUUUGGUGUCCAGGGCAAUGCCAUGCGCCGGCUGGGCCACGACACACCCCUCAACCAGUUCUUGGCAGGCGCAGCGGCAGGGACCAUCCAGUGUGUAAUCUGUUGCCCGAUGGAACUGGCAAAGACACGCAUGCAGACACAAGGCACGGGUGAGAAUAAAAAGUCGGCGCGGAAACUCUAUAAGAACUCUCUGGACUGCCUGGUACGCAUCUACCGGAAGGAGGGCAUUCGCGGGAUCAACCGGGGCAUGUUGACGACGGUGAUCCGUGAAACGCCGGCCUUCGGGCUCUACUUUUUGGCAUACGACGUUAUGACGCGGCACCUUGGCUGUGAGCUUGAGGACGACUAUGUGAUCCCUAAGCUGCUGUUCGCUGGCGGCAUGUCGGGCAUCUUCUCCUGGCUCUCCACCUACCCUGUGGACGUCAUCAAGUCCAGGCUGCAGGCCGAUGGCAUGGGUGGUGUGCACCGCUACAGCGGGAUCGCGGACUGUGUGCGCCAGAGCUGGGCGCGUGAGGGCUGGAGGGUGUUCACACGGGGCCUCACCUCCACCCUGCUACGCGCCUUCCCCGUCAACGCCACCACCUUCGCCACCGUGACUCUGUUUCUCAUGUACAUGCGUGAGGACGGGGCGGCCAACUGUGAGGUGCCGCCAGAGGCCCUUCAACAACAGCAGGUCCAGACCACAAGCCUGUGAGACAGUGUGUGUGUGUGUGUGUGUGUGUGUGUGUGUGUGUGUGUGUGUGUGUGUGUGUGUGUGUGUGUGUGUGUGUGCUCGCUCUAGAACACCUCUAGAGUGUGUUACAGUCCUUGAGUAAUGGUGGACAGAUGGGGGACCUUAAGAGAUGUUACAUGGAUGUUUUUAUGUCUGCAGGUGGAGUCUGCAUGUGUAAAUACAAAAGUGUCCCUUUUUUCUUUUAUUUCACAAUUCUUUUUAAGUUCAGCCUGUCAUUUGUUUUCUUUUAUAAUGGUUUAGUUACAGUAUUAUGUGGGUUAUCAACAAGAUCAAAAGAAUGUUUCAAAGUCACUUUAAAUCACAGGAAAGAGAAAGGGAAAUGAACAAGUUGUGAACCACUGGGUUUUAGUGAGUAAAGGACGUACUGGAAAUGUAUGUAGUCAAUAAGUAGGCACUGGCCUUGAUCCAUGUGAUAGUGGAUUAUUGAAUGGAAUGAUGUAAAAUAUGUUUUAAUGUGUUAAUCUGUGGACAUUUUUCAAAUGAACAAAUGGGUUAGAAUAUUUAGCAAACGACACUUCUUGCAAGGAUUUCUUAUUAGUUACUAGGGACGACUGGGUUGCGUGUGGUUUGGAUAUUUCCAAAUGUUAAAUAGCACGUCAUUUAUGUCUCUUGUAUAUCAGUAUUAUGAGAAAAAAGAACAUUUUCAUAGAGCAACAUGUAAACUCUUUAGUAUGUGCACAUAUGUGCCUUUCAUCCACACACAAGUACACAACUAAAGCUUUCCUAUUUUUUUUUGUUAACUAUGGAAUUUUAAGUCUUUUUCUGGACUUGAUAUCCCAGAAGUUCUCUUUCUCUCUAUUUCAAUUCCCCCCACUGGAAGUUGCUGUCACAUUCCAGAGUUGGGUGUGGUCUGCUGUUUGAAGUCAACAACUGCACUUAAGAUUUUCUAUGAUUUUUGACUCCCCAAUGUGUCAAUCCCUGUAGUGCAAUUACUGGAAAUCACGAGGGAGCACUUGAUGUUAAUCAUUGAAGUUAUUAUGCGUCAAAAUACGCAAUGUUUUGGUAAGCGUGAACACUUAGGGGUUCAACGUUUGAAAAUUAUUAAAUUAGCAUAGUGUGAUGAACUGCAGUACUGACUAGAAUGGCAAAAUACUGCAAGACUCUUUUGCAAGAUUAUUCAAAGAUCUGUUACCAUAGAAACUGAGGUCAAACUGAUUAGUUACUGUAAAUACAAUUUACCUUUGUACAGCGUCAUCAUGCUCAAAAUGUCUGCAUUUAUUUUAUGGAAAAAAAAUCUUAAUGAAUUCAGCACCUUAAACCAACAACACUUCCAUCUGACAGUCAAAUGCUGCUCACAUGAUUGUGUAAACAAUAGUACAUUUCUUUGUAUUUGAACAUUUUGGAUGUUCCACAUUAAUUUAUUGUGAUGCGGUCAUAAUUGACAUGAAUAAUUCUUGAUGAAAAGUGAUUGUUUGUAUAAAACGGUUAUUUAUAGAGCACUACUUGGUUUUGUAUGUUACAUGAAGGUCAGGGGUAAGACCGUGUAAAGGGACAUUUGCAAGGAAGGCCAAAUCCACAAGCAGCUAUAUAUUCUUUUUGAUCUUUAUUCUUUUUUUCUUUCUUAGGGGCUGUUGUACUAUAGGGGAAUUUUACGGAAAUGCUUUUUUUUUGCCUGAACAUUGGUACAUUAGCUGUACAGUCCACUUGUGUCGUACCAAUCUGCUGUAGAACAAAGGCUGAAUAAAGCGUAUUAAAAAUGUA